AUGACAAGAUUGGGACUCUCAUGCUUGGUGUUCCUGCCAGACAAUUUUCACCCAGGGCAACUCAAGAAUUUCAACCCUACGCUCCGGCCUACUCGGAAUUCCAAGCCCAAGGAGCCCAUUGACAUACCAGCCGGUGCAAAAACGUCCAGGGCAAUGAAAUUUUCACUAGAACUUGAAAAAAAUCCAUAA